AUGCCGAAACCGGCGGGAAGUGCCGUGAGGAGGCGUGGCAGGGCUGCGGCGUCCCCGCAAAGCACUGAGACCAAGGGGGGUCAGGCCGCGGCGGCUGCGAGGCGCUCCGGAACCACACCCUGGCGCCUGGUACUCAUCGCCGUCGCUGUCGUCUCGGUCGCUGUCGCGGGGCUGCUGUACGAGCAGCACCGCGACCGCACCCCACGAUGCCUAAAGCCCCUCCCGGCACCACUCCUCAAGGACCUCCCGGAGUUCGGCGGCAGGCAGCGGGAUGAGCUCUUCUGGGGCACGUACCGCGCCGGUCUCUACACGGGCAUGAGGACGCGGGAGGCGGCGGGACUGCAGCUGGGGCUGGCUUGGUGGGACGCUUCGGCCGACCCGGCGAGCCAGGCGCAGUCGAUUCGCCACGACGCGAACCACGGGGACCGCCUGCGGUCGUUCAGUUGGGUGGCGCACGAUGGCCGCAGGUACGGGGAGCACAGGACGAUCGACGGGCGGUACAACAUCACGACGUACAUGGUCAAGGAGUUCCCCGCCGGCAGCGGGUUCGGCGGCGACUGGGCCGUGCGCUUCGAGGUUGACUUCACCGACGACGAAAAGGCCAGGAGAGCGGCACAGGAGGCGGAGAGCGAGCAGCGGGGCGCGAAGGAGGCGGCGCCGAGACGGAACGUCGGCACCAUGAUCUACAUCGUGGACGAGGCGCACCGCGCUGUCAACACGACCGGCAGGCACCUGACGAAGGGCGCGAGGGGCGCGGGGGGCUACGCGGACUACCUGCUCGCGGUCGGGGGCUCGCCGGAGGCGGCGACGGGGGAGUGGGAGCUGCGUGCGUCGGGCACCGCCGGCGGCCGCAAGGCGUGGCAGCGCGCCACGUGGGCCGCGCUCAAGGCCAACGACGUCACGUUUGCCUACGAGGUUCUCCAGGCCUCCCUGUCGGGCGCAGUGCAGCCCAUGAUUCAACCCAGCGACCCCAAGAUCCGCGGCCCGCGGCUGCCGAACCAGCGCAUUGAGUCAGAGGACAGGGCAGCGCCGCACAUCAACGUCGCGGCCUGGCACGUGUCGGUUGCAGUGCCAGGGAGCGUCGACAUUUUGUUCCUUUCGAAUGCAACGGGCUCGGCCCGGCCGGACGAGGAGUCGGUCGCAGCGAUGGCGUGGCGCGGGCACGACGGCAAGAGGCCCGUGCCGCUCACCGACCGCGUCGUGGCGCUGUCGCGGGCCGAGCUGACAAAGCGCUGUCAGGCGGAAAGGGGGGAGUUCGAGCGCCGCAUUCGGGAGACGUUCCCGGCGGGGCUGCCGGUGCCUGGCGUCAGCGACCAGGUCGUCGAGCGUGCGACUCAGGCAGCCGUGGCGAACCUCGUGGGAUCCAUCGGGUACUUCUACGGGUCGUCCUUCGUCCAGAUUCCGCCCGCGGAGGUCGCCGCCGUCGGCUGGAACCGCGGGAAGAAGAGGGGGGAUGUGUUCUACGCCCGGUCUGACGACGCGCCGCUGUACACCGGCGUGCCGUCGCGCUCCUUCUUCCCGCGCGGCUUCCUCUGGGACGAAGGCUUCCACCUCCUCCUCCUCAGCCGGUGGGAUCCGGGCCUAGCGCGGGAAGUACUGGCCCACUGGCUCGACCUCAUGAACGUGGACGGCUGGAUCGCCCGCGAGCAGAUCCUAGGCGAGGAAGCCAUCCGCCGCGUGCCGCAGGAGUUCCUCGCGCAGCACCCCGACAACGCUAACCCCCCCUCCUUCUUCCUGACGUUCCAGCUUCUACUCCGCGGCGCCAGCGGGGGACUCUCCUCGCCCGCGUGGACCGCGGAGCAGCAGGCCACGACGCGCACCUUCCUCGCCGCCGCGUACCCGCGCGUGCGCGCGUGGUUCGAGUGGCUGCGGCGGAGUCAGGGGGGGAGUGUCAAAGGGUCGUUCCGUUGGCGGGGCCGCAACCCGAACGCACGACGGGAACUCAACCCGAAGACACUCGCGUCCGGGCUCGACGACUACCCCCGCGCGUCGCACCCAGGGCCGGAGGAGCGCCAUCUAGACCUCCUUUGCUGGAUGGCGGUGGGCGCCAAAGUGCUAUCUGAGAUGGCGGGCCUCGCCGGGGACGCGCGGGGCGCGCGGAGGUACGCGGGGUUCGCGUCGGCGUGGGGCGACAUGCGGCACCUGCGCAAGCUGCACGCCGGGGGGGCGGAGGGGGAGUUUUACGACUACGGGCGUCAUACUGAGGACGUCGCGCUGAGCUUUCAGCCCGUGAUCAACAGCGCACAGGGGGGCGCGAUGCAGAUGGAGCUGCUGCGCGCGGAGGGCACGCCUCCGCGCGAGGGGUUCGUGCCGCAGUACGGGUUCGUGUCGAUGUUCCCGCUGGCGCUGCGGCUGAUUCCCCCGGGGGACUCUGCGGAGCUGUCGCGGCAGCUGACGCUGCUGGCGGACUGGCGGCGGUGCUGGACGGAGCACGGGCUGCGCUCGCUCGGGAAGUCGGCGUCGCUGUACGACCAGCGCAACACUGAGCACGACGCGCCGUACUGGCGAGGCCCGAUUUGGAUCAACAUCAAUUACCUUGUGUGGUCUGCUCUUGAAUACUAUUCAGAGCACCCAGACGUCGAGGCGGGCGUGCGGACGGUGGCCGCGGACCUGGCGCGGCGGCUCCGCGCCGGGCUGGUGCGCACGGUGGCCGGGGGGUUCGAGAUCUCGGGGUAUAUUUGGGAGCACUACAGGGAUGAUACUGCACAGGGUCUGGGAACGCAUCCGUUCACAGGGUGGUCGGCGCUGGUGGCGCUGAUCGCCGGGGGCGGCGACUAG